AAUUUCUACAGAUUUCCCAGCCUGUAUACGUGCGGUCGGACAUGAGCAAUCCCUGCUAAAAGAAAGGGGAGGGAGUCUCCUGAUCCAUUCAAAAUAAGGACAGACUCCCGUCGCAGCCGGCGGAGGUAAUGAUGCUCCUGAGAAGCUUGUACCUGGCCUUUCUCAUUCUCGCCCUGGUGGAGGCUCAGUAUGAGAAAUACAGCUUUAAAAGUUUCCCUCAGAAAGACAUCAUGCCGCUGGAGUCCGCGUACGGCUACGCGCUGGAGCAGUACUCGGCCCAGAACUGGGCAGAGAGCGUCAAGUACCUGGAGCUGAGCCUGCGCCUCCACCGGCUGCUGCGGGACAGCGAGGAGUUCUGCAGCCGCAACUGUAGUUUCGUCAGUCGGGAAAACGACACCCUGUUUCCCGACAGCAGCCUACGCGUCGUGCGCCAUAUCCUGAUGAGGGCUGCAUGCCUUAAAAAGUGCAAGGCAGAUUUUCCUGUGUUUAAACUUUCGCACCCGCGAAGAGACUUACUGGAAACAUUUGACGAAAGGAUACCGUAUCGGUACAUUCAGUAUGCAUACUACCAGCUCAACAACUUGGAAAAGGCAGUGGCAGCAGCUCACACCUUCCUGAAGAGGAACCCGAACGAUCCCUCUUUGACCAAAAACAUGAACUACUACAAAACACUGUUUGAUGUGGAGGAGUAUCUCAUCGACCACGAGGAGCAGCCAUAUGAAAGUCUUUUCCUUAAGAGCGUAAUGCUCUACAACAACGGAGACUUCAGCAGCAGUGCCAGAAACAUGGAGCUGGCCAUCACAGAGUUCUUUGAAGUUUACAGCCUCUGCUUAGCAGGCUGCGAGGGCUCGUAUGAGAUCUUAGAGUUCAAGGAUUUCUAUCCAACCCUGGCAGAUCUUUUUAUUGAUGUGCUCAAAUGUAAAGUGAAAUGUGAGGAGAACCUGACACCGAAUGUUGGAGGCUUCUUUGUGGAGAAGUUUGUGGCCACCAUGUAUCACUAUCUCCAGUUUUCAUACUAUAAAUUGAAUGAUGUAAAGAACGCUGCUCCCUGUGCAGCCAGUUACAUGCUGUUUGACCCCAACGACCAGGUCAUGCAGCGAAACGUGGCAUACUACCGUUUCUACCAAGAACAAUGGGGCCUUAAGGAUGAGGAUUUUCAGCCACGGCCUGAAGCUCUGAGGUAUUUUAACCAAACGACCAAACAGAAAGAGAUGCUGAAGUUUGCACUGAGCUACCUACAAACAGAUGAUGAGGACGUGGUAAGUCCAGAAGAAAUGGGCGUCUCUCACUCAGAACAUCCCGAUUCUGAGUUCGAGGGUAUUGGGGACUACGAGGAGUCCUUUCUGGCUGAAUGGUGGCAGGAACCCAAAACUAAGUGGGACAUUGGAGAGGUUGCAGGCUGACAUCUGUCCUCUUCUCUGAGCAGAAGCACCCUUUUCCGACUCUUACAUACCAAAGACAUUUCAACAGACAUCCUCAUUCCCAACAGUGUUGAUUCAGAAAAGUCUCAGCUGACUGAUUCCUGUUUUCUUUCUUUCACAUCAUGUUGAUCAAAAUUAGAGAUUGACAUAUCCAGUCUUGGCUGCCAUCAGCCUUCUAUAAUAGUCAGUCAUUGGCUUGUUCGCUGACGCAUGUUAAUGACUUUUCUACAGUUUUUAUUUGCUGUUUUUAUUUAAUGAAACCUGAGUGCUUCUGUACUGCAGCAUAAGGAAGGUGAAAGCUUUUCUUAUGCUACAUAAUUCAUCAACCUCCAAAUGUGUGGUUGUUGGAAUAAGUUGCUCAUAAUUAAAAUAAUAUUUUAAUAUAACAUAUCCUGUUUCGUUUUUUUUUUUUUUUUUGUACAAUAAAAAAAGACAUAUAACAGGAAGAUGUGAACACAAUAGUGUUGAUCAGUUUCAUUCAUUCUGUUGAUGCCAACGAGUUUUGGACAGUUCUGAUAGUAGUCAAUCAAAUCCCCAAAUUGGCUCAAUUUAUGUUGAGAAAUUUGAUUUAAAAUGUCUAAUUGUCUAGCUUUCUCAUUUGAGCUUUUAACAUACUUUCCAGGAUGCUUAAUUUAGGCCCAGUCAUAUGUCUGACAUAGUCUGUUAUAUAUAUAUAUAUUUUCUCUUGCAUUUUAAAACUUUUUAGGUCUUUGUUUUUUUUAAAUGUGCUAAUGGUCUCCGAUUCAACAUACUUUUCAUAACUUUGCAUUCUGCUCUUUAACAUAUUGUAGAAAAAUGGAUAUAAUUACAUAUGAGAUUUUUGUUUUUACACUUUUUAACCUCAAUCUAAGUUAAUUACAGGUUUUUCUUUGACUUAAAACCCAUAAUACAAAACUAUCUGGUCCAAAUAUUAAAUUCUAAUAGAGAAAGGCAGUGUGGUUUGAAAGUAGGGGUGGUGGUUUUAUAUUUUAGUGUUUUAUUUUCCCUUCAUUUCAAUUCAUCUACAGGCAUCAGUUCAUUCUUUUUCAUUGUUUUGAUUAAAAAAAGAUAGUGUCUAAAAAUA